UCGCUCCUGAUUUUCUAUGUUGGGCUUAGUUUGAGUUUAGUCUAGUUGUGAUCAAGUAGAUCAAACUCCAAAAGUAAAGAUCAGAAACAUUGAUCCCAUUCUCAGUUGCAACCAGCAAAAAUGGCAUCACUUUCGCUCGCCCACGCUUCACGCAGGCUCCUCACUCCCUCUCUCUCUUUUUCACAGCUAAGAACAAGGAUGAUAAAGAAUCCUGCUUUCGACAGCCAAUUCAUGAGUCGAUCUUUUUCCAGGAAAAAUUCCGUUUUGCUUUCCUCAAAUUUUAAAACCCGAAUUGCUUGCAUGUCAACAACCACAUCUCCAGGAGGCAAAGAUGAUCAAAAGCUAAGUGGCGAAACUGAGAAAGUUGGUGGGGUUUCAUCGUGGAUUGAUUACUUACCCAGAGAAAUUCAGCCUUACGCUAAGCUUGCUCGCGUGGAGAAGCCCAUCGGUACAUGGUUAUUGAUUUGGCCCUUUGCAUGGUCAGCUACGUUGGCAGCACCGACUGGAAGCCUUCCUGAUUUCAAGACGUUAGCUCUUUUUGCUUGUGCAGCUCCACUUUUGAGGGGUGCUGCUUGUACCAUAAAUGAUAUCCUUGACCGUGAUAUUGAUAGAAUGGUGGAGCGUACAAAACUGAGGCCGAUCGCGAGUGGCGCUGUCACUCCAUUUCAAGGACUUGGUUUUCUUGCGUUUCAAUUAAUUUUGAGUCAUGGAAUUCUCCUCCAACUCACCCAUUAUAGCCCGAUCUAUGAGGCUUCAUUCAUCUUUCUAAUGUCUACCUAUCCUCUCAUGAAGAGGUUCACAUAUUGGGCCCAGGCCUAUUUAGGUUUGACCUUCAACUGGGGGACCUUGUUGGGCUGGUAUGCAAUUAAAGCAAGCUUACAACCCUCUAUUCUGUUACCUUUGUACAUGUCUGGUAUAUUUUGGACUCUUGUGUACGACACCAUAUAUGCGCAUCAGGAUAAAGAAGAUGAUAUCAAAGUUGGUGUUAAAUCCACAGCCUUGAAAUUUGGGGAUUCAUCGAAGGAGUGGACUACUGCGUUUGCAAUUGCAUGCAUUAGUAGUCUGGCUCUAAGCGGAUACAAUGCUGAAAUAGGCUGGCCUUAUUAUAUGUUUCUGGCAGCUGCAUCUGGACAAUUAGCUUGGCAGAUAGGAACUGCUAAUCUGUCAUCCCCAGCUGAUUGCAGCAGAAAGUUUGUGUCCAACAAAUGGUUUGGUGCCCUUAUUUUCAGUGGGAUUUUAUUGGGAAGAGUCUUCCCUUAAAGGUUGGAGUUGGAAUUAACCGCACAGGACACUUUCUGAUUGCAAAAGGUGAGGAGUCGGUGCCCAUUUGUGAAAGAAAGGGGCAAUAAUUUGUAAUAAAUUCUACUCGUUCAGUGGAAAUGAAAGGCAGACAGAGGAGUUGUAACUUAUAAUAUCCAUUUGCGAAUUAUAUAGAGAUCGAUUUCGACUUAUAUUUUCAUGUUCCUGCCGAGGUAACUUAUUCCAACAUUAAUCAACGCCAUGUAUUCUCUUUAA